GGGAUCUGAAGCACUCUGCAUAGUGAGAGUGUAGAUUUAGAACCUCUAAACCCUAGAAAUCCCCUCCGGUGAAACUCUCGAAUUUUUUACAAUAAUCUCUGCAAAUCUUCUUCGUAGCCUUUGCAUCACUAUUUUGAGGUCCGUUUACUUGGUUGAUUUGGUGAGUGAAACAGUAUGUGGAACAACGGUAGCAACAACGGCGCGCAGAUAGCGCCUCCAGGGACUGGAGGCUCCACGAUACCGCCUCCGCCAGCUGCCCAGCCUUCCUACACGGUCCUUGCGCCGCCAACGCCUCAGGAGGCUGAGGCGAAGCUGGAGGAGAAGGCUAGAAAAUGGAUGCAGCUUAACUCUAAAAGAUAUGGCGACAAACGUAAGUUUGGAUUCGUUGAGACGCAGAAAGAGGACAUGCCGCCUGAGCAUGUCAGAAAGAUUAUCAGAGAUCAUGGGGACAUGUCCUCGAAAAAGUAUCGCCAUGAUAAACGAGUGUAUCUGGGAGCCCUUAAAUUCAUUCCACACGCAGUUUACAAGCUCCUCGAGAACAUGCCGAUGCCUUGGGAGCAAGUUCGUGAUGUGAAGGUCUUGUACCAUAUUACUGGAGCAAUCACUUUUGUGAAUGAAAUACCAUGGGUCGUUGAACCGAUAUACUUAGCACAGUGGGGGACCAUGUGGAUCAUGAUGCGAAGGGAGAAGAGAGAUCGUCGUCAUUUCAAGAGAAUGCGUUUCCCACCUUUUGAUGAUGAGGAACCUCCGUUGGACUAUGCUGACAAUCUGUUAGACGUUGAUCCCUUGGAGCCAAUUCAACUGGAAUUGGAUGAGGAAGAAGAUUCAGCUGUAUAUACUUGGUUUUAUGACCAUAAGCCUCUUGUGAAGACAAAGCUUAUCAAUGGUCCAAGUUACAGGAAAUGGCACCUCUCUCUUCCAAUUAUGGCAACUUUGCACAGGCUUGCUGGACAACUGCUUUCAGAUUUGAUUGACAGGAAUUAUUUCUACUUGUUUGACAUGGAGUCAUUCUUUACAGCCAAAGCAUUGAACAUGUGCAUACCUGGUGGCCCAAAGUUUGAACCUCUUUAUCGAGACAUGGAGAAGGGGGAUGAAGACUGGAAUGAGUUCAAUGACAUAAAUAAACUCAUUAUUCGGUCACCUCUCAGGACAGAGUAUAGAAUUGCUUUCCCUCAUCUUUAUAACAAUAGGCCCAGAAAAGUGAAACUUGGUGUCUAUCACACUCCCAUGGUAAUGUACAUAAAGACAGAGGACCCUGAUUUGCCAGCAUUCUAUUAUGAUCCUUUGAUUCACCCAAUAACUACCACAAACAAGGAGCGGCGUGAAAAGAAGAAUUUUGAUGAUGAGGAUGAGGAUGAGUUUUGCUUGCCUGAUGGGGUUGAACCGUUGCUGAAUGACACUGAGCUUUAUACAGACACUACUGCUGCUGGCAUUUCCCUGUUAUUUGCUCCACGUCCCUUUAAUAUGAGAUCAGGUCGGAUGCGACGUGCUGAAGAUAUACCACUUGUGUCAGAGUGGUAUAAGGAGCACUGUCCUCCGUCGUAUCCUGUUAAAGUUCGAGUAAGCUAUCAGAAACUUUUGAAAUGUUUUGUUCUGAAUGAGUUGCAUCAUAGACCACCUAAGGCUCAGAAGAAGAAACACUUAUUUCGAUCUUUAGCUGCCACUAAGUUUUUCCAAACCACAGAGCUUGAUUGGGUUGAAGCAGGUCUUCAGGUUUGCAAGCAAGGGUAUAACAUGCUGAACCUGUUGAUCCAUAGAAAAAAUUUGAACUACCUUCACCUUGAUUAUAACUUCAACUUAAAGCCUGUGAAGACUCUCACCACCAAAGAACGCAAGAAGUCACGAUUUGGAAAUGCUUUUCAUCUCUGUCGUGAGAUCUUGCGUCUAACAAAGCUUGUAGUGGAUGCCAAUGUCCAGUUUCGGUUGGGUAAUGUUGAUGCUUUCCAAUUGGCUGAUGGUCUACAGUAUAUUUUUUCACAUGUUGGCCAGUUGACUGGAAUGUACAGAUACAAAUAUCGACUGAUGAGGCAAAUCAGGAUGUGCAAAGAUCUAAAGCACUUAAUUUACUACCGCUUUAAUACCGGUCCAGUUGGUAAGGGGCCAGGAUGUGGAUUUUGGGCACCAAUGUGGAGGGUUUGGCUGUUUUUCCUUCGUGGUAUUGUGCCUCUUCUGGAACGGUGGUUAGGAAAUCUCCUUGCACGUCAGUUUGAAGGUCGUCAUUCUAAAGGAGUGGCAAAGACUGUUACUAAGCAGCGUGUUGAGAGCCACUUUGACCUGGAGCUUCGAGCUGCUGUCAUGCAUGAUGUUCUUGAUGCAAUGCCAGAGGGCAUUAAGCAAAACAAAGCAAGAACAAUAUUGCAGCAUCUUAGUGAGGCAUGGCGUUGCUGGAAAGCAAACAUUCCUUGGAAGGUUCCUGGUUUACCAGUUCCCAUUGAGAACAUGAUUCUUCGCUAUGUCAAGGCAAAAGCAGAUUGGUGGACAAAUGUUGCCCAUUAUAACCGUGAACGUAUAAGAAGAGGUGCAACUGUUGAUAAGACAGUUUGUAGGAAAAAUUUGGGUAGAUUAACACGCCUUUGGUUAAAGGCAGAGCAAGAACGGCAGCACAAUUAUUUGAAAGAUGGUCCAUAUGUUACUCCUGAAGAAGCAGUUGCCAUUUAUACUACUACUGUGCAUUGGUUGGAAUCAAGAAAGUUCUCCCCCAUUCCAUUCCCACCAUUAUCUUACAAGCAUGAUACAAAGCUUCUUAUCCUUGCACUGGAGAGGUUGAAGGAAUCUUAUAGUGUUGCUGUGAGAUUAAACCAGCAACAAAGAGAAGAACUGGGCCUUAUUGAACAAGCAUAUGAUAACCCACAUGAGGCUCUGUCACGCAUUAAGCGUCACCUGCUAACCCAGCGUGCCUUCAAAGAAGUUGGCAUAGAGUUCAUGGACUUGUACAGCUAUUUGAUUCCAGUAUAUGAAAUUGAACCUCUUGAGAAGAUUACAGAUGCUUAUCUUGACCAAUACCUAUGGUAUGAGGGAGACAAGCGCCACCUGUUCCCUAAUUGGAUUAAGCCUGCUGAUUCAGAGCCACCUCCACUUCUGGUGUAUAAGUGGUGUCAAGGUAUAAAUAAUUUGCAAGGGAUAUGGGAUACUAGUGAGGGACAGUGUGUGGUGAUGCUUCAAACGAAGUUUGAGAAGUUCUUUGAGAAGAUUGACUUGACAAUGUUGAACAGGCUUUUACGUUUGGUUCUCGACCAUAACAUUGCUGAUUAUGUUACUGCAAAGAAUAAUGUGGUGUUGUCUUACAAAGAUAUGAGUCACACAAACUCAUAUGGUCUUAUACGUGGUCUUCAGUUUGCUUCUUUUGUUGUCCAGUACUAUGGGCUUGUCCUUGAUCUCUUGAUUCUUGGAUUGACUCGUGCUAGUGAAAUUGCGGGUCCACCACAGAUGCCUAAUGAAUUCAUAACUUACUGGGACACUAAAGUUGAGACACGACAUCCAAUUCGGUUGUACUCGAGGUACAUAGAUAAGGUGCAUAUAUUGUUCCGGUUCACUCAUGAAGAGGCACGAGACCUUAUCCAACGCUAUCUCACUGAGCAUCCAGAUCCCAACAAUGAAAAUAUGGUUGGAUACAACAACAAAAAGUGUUGGCCUAGAGAUGCAAGAAUGAGGCUCAUGAAGCAUGAUGUUAAUCUUGGGAGAAGUGUUUUCUGGGAUAUGAAGAAUCGUCUGCCACGAAGCAUUACAACUUUGGAGUGGGAGAACAGCUUUGUUUCUGUGUAUAGCAAGGACAACCCUAAUCUGCUUUUUAGCAUGUGUGGUUUUGAAGUUCGGAUACUUCCAAAAAUAAGAAUGACUCAAGAAGCAUUUAGCAAUACAAGGGAUGGAGUUUGGAAUUUGCAGAAUGAGCAGACAAAGGAGCGCACUGCCGUUGCUUUCUUACGUGUUGAUGAUGAGCACAUGAAGGUGUUUGAGAAUCGUGUUAGACAGAUUCUUAUGUCUUCAGGGUCAACAACAUUUACUAAAAUUGUCAACAAAUGGAAUACUGCCUUGAUAGGUCUAAUGACUUACUUUCGUGAAGCAACUGUACACACACAAGAGCUAUUAGAUCUGCUGGUCAAAUGUGAAAAUAAAAUUCAAACUCGUAUCAAGAUUGGGCUUAACUCAAAAAUGCCCAGCAGAUUUCCACCAGUCAUCUUCUAUACUCCUAAAGAAAUUGGAGGUCUUGGCAUGCUGUCAAUGGGGCACAUUCUGAUUCCUCAGAGCGACCUCCGUUACAGUCAGCAGACUGAUGUUGGUGUAACUCACUUUAGGAGUGGAAUGAGCCAUGAGGAGGAUCAGCUGAUUCCAAAUCUUUAUCGUUAUAUUCAGCCUUGGGAGAGUGAGUUCAUAGAUUCACAGCGUGUUUGGGCAGAGUAUGCAUUGAAGAGGCAGGAAGCUCAGGCGCAAAACAGGAGACUGACACUUGAAGAUUUGGAAGAUUCAUGGGAUAGAGGAAUACCUCGUAUAAAUACUUUGUUUCAGAAGGAUAGACAUACUUUAGCAUAUGACAAGGGGUGGAGGGUUCGCACUGAUUUUAAGCAGUACCAAGUUUUGAAGCAGAACCCAUUCUGGUGGACACACCAAAGACAUGAUGGGAAGUUAUGGAACUUGAAUAACUAUCGAACUGAUGUGAUACAAGCACUUGGAGGUGUUGAGGGAAUUCUUGAGCAUACCUUGUUUAAAGGGACAUACUUUCCAACUUGGGAAGGUUUGUUCUGGGAAAAGGCAUCAGGAUUUGAGGAGUCAAUGAAGUAUAAAAAGCUUACUAAUGCUCAGCGAUCUGGUCUUAAUCAAAUUCCCAACCGUAGGUUCACUCUUUGGUGGUCACCUACCAUUAAUCGGGCCAAUGUAUAUGUUGGUUUCCAAGUGCAAUUAGAUCUUACGGGAAUUUUCAUGCAUGGGAAGAUCCCAACCUUGAAAAUUUCUCUGAUUCAGAUCUUCCGUGCUCAUCUGUGGCAGAAGAUUCAUGAGAGUGUUGUUAUGGAUCUUUGCCAAGUUUUGGAUCAGGAGUUGGAUGCUUUGGAGAUUGAAACUGUUCAGAAGGAGACUAUCCAUCCUAGGAAAAGUUAUAAAAUGAACAGCUCUUGUGCAGAUGUACUUCUCUUUGCAGCUCAUAGGUGGCCAAUGUCAAAGCCUAGCCUUGUGGCUGAGUCAAAAGAUAUGUUUGAUCAGAAAGCUAGUAAUAAAUAUUGGAUAGAUGUACAACUUCGUUGGGGGGAUUAUGACUCACAUGAUAUUGAGCGCUACACAAGGGCCAAAUUUAUGGAUUAUACAACAGACAACAUGUCUAUAUAUCCAUCACCUACUGGGGUGAUGAUUGGCCUUGAUCUAGCUUAUAAUUUGCAUUCUGCAUUUGGGAACUGGUUUCCUGGAUCAAAGCCAUUGCUUGCUCAGGCAAUGAACAAAAUCAUGAAGUCAAAUCCAGCCUUAUAUGUUUUGAGGGAGCGGAUAAGAAAAGGUCUACAGUUGUAUUCUUCUGAACCCACUGAACCUUAUCUCUCAUCACAAAAUUAUGGAGAGAUCUUCAGCAACCAGAUUAUAUGGUUUGUUGAUGAUACCAAUGUGUAUCGCGUUACAAUCCACAAGACAUUUGAAGGAAAUCUCACAACAAAACCUAUCAAUGGUGCCAUCUUUAUAUUCAACCCUCGGACAGGGCAAUUGUUCCUGAAGGUCAUUCACACAAGUGUUUGGGCUGGUCAAAAGCGUCUUGGACAGCUGGCCAAGUGGAAAACUGCUGAAGAAGUUGCUGCUCUUGUGCGUUCACUGCCUGUUGAGGAGCAGCCUAAGCAAAUCAUUGUGACUCGUAAAGGAAUGCUUGAUCCCUUGGAGGUUCACUUGCUUGAUUUCCCUAACAUAGUUAUCAAGGGUAGCGAGCUGCAGCUCCCAUUCCAGGCUUGCCUAAAGAUUGAGAAAUUUGGUGAUUUGAUUCUUAAGGCUACUGAACCACAAAUGGUCUUGUUCAACAUUUAUGAUGACUGGUUGAAGAGUAUCUCAUCAUACACAGCAUUCUCCCGACUCAUUCUGAUCCUUCGGGCACUUCAUGUGAACAAUGAGAAGGCAAAGAUGUUACUGAAACCUGACAAAACAAUUGUUACUGAGCCGCACCAUAUCUGGCCUUCUCUUACUGAUGAUCAAUGGAUGAAGGUUGAAGUUGCUCUAAGAGAUUUGAUACUCUCAGAUUAUGCCAAGAAGAACAAUGUUAAUACAUCUGCCCUGACCCAAUCUGAGAUUCGUGAUAUCAUUCUGGGUGCUGAGAUUACUCCACCAUCUCAACAGAGGCAACAGAUUGCGGAGAUAGAGAAACAGGCAAAGGAAGCAAGUCAGCUGACAGCAGUUACUACAAGGACAACAAAUGUGCAUGGUGAUGAACUCAUUGUCACUACUACAAGUCCCUAUGAGCAAUCAGCAUUUGGUUCAAAAACAGAUUGGCGUGUCAGAGCAAUAUCUGCUACCAAUCUUUAUCUUCGUGUCAACCAUAUAUAUGUGAACUCAGAGGACAUUAAGGAAACAGGAUACACUUACAUCAUGCCCAAGAACAUUUUAAAGAAGUUUAUCUGUAUAGCAGAUCUUCGGACACAAAUUGCUGGAUACUUGUAUGGUAUAAGCCCUCCUGACAACCCUCAGGUUAAGGAAAUCAGAUGCAUUGCCAUGCCGCCACAGUGGGGAACUCAUCAGCAAGUUCAUCUCCCUUCAGCACUUCCUGAGCAUGAUUUCUUGAAUGAUCUAGAGCCUUUGGGAUGGAUGCACACUCAACCGAACGAGCUUCCUCAGUUAUCACCACAGGAUGUUACAGCUCAUGCCAGAGUUCUAGAGAAUAACAAGCAGUGGGAUGGAGAGAAGUGUAUCAUCUUGACCUGCAGUUUCACCCCUGGUUCUUGCUCACUAACUGCUUAUAAGCUUACUCCAAGUGGUUAUGAGUGGGGGCGUGUCAACAAGGAUACUGGAAGCAAUCCUCAUGGCUACCUUCCAACUCAUUAUGAGAAGGUGCAGAUGCUUCUAAGUGAUCGGUUCCUUGGGUUUUACAUGAUUCCGGACAAUGGCCCAUGGAAUUACAACUUCAUGGGAGUGAAGCAUACAGUAAGCAUGAAAUAUGGAGUGAAGCUUGGGACAGCGAGAGAGUACUACCAUGAGGAUCACAGGCCAACCCAUUACCUGGAGUUCAGCAAUUUAGAGGAAGGGGACACUGUUGAGGGAGAUCGUGAGGAUACAUUUUCGUAAUUCUUAUCUUGUUUCAAGUUGUAAUUUCGACAAAGUUGUAUGAAGCGCACACUUUUUUGUAGUACCAACACUCUGUAGCUGUUGGAUAAAAAUUACUCUGUAGCAGAAUCAUGUUAUGAAUUGAGUUGUAAAUCUAUGAUCUAUCUCUUAAAAUUUAUACAUAAUUAGCAGAACUUGGAAUGGUAAUCUUCUGUUAUUCUAUGGCUGAAAAAAUGCAUACAGCUGUA